ACCGUGGAUUUCGCGACAGAAGGACUAAGCUUCGAUAUUCUCGCUGACAUUCCAUUUUUUACAUAAUCCAUAUUCUUCUAGAUUAAUCAUAAAUUAAAAAUUCAUGUUAAAAAACAACGUAAUUUGUGCUUGUAUACUUUUGAUUAUGUCACUAAUUAUCAGUGAUAAGACAUUUUGGUGUUGAAAGAUAUGUCAAAGGUCACGUGUAUUAUAUGAUUGUUGGACGUGCAAACAAUGGAUUUUCGUUUCCAAUUAUGUCUGCAGUUUCUGCAGUUGUUGACAAAUUGUUGUGUUGCUGAAUUUGCGUUCCAAGAAGAAUAUUAUGAAGGCAAUCCAUGCUUAUUAGACAAAGGACAGAAAGGAGUAUGUAAAAAUAUAACACAAUGCCCCGAAAAAUUAAAAGAAACAAAGCAAGGUUUAAGAGGUCCUAAUCCAAACGAUCGCUGUGGCUUUUCGGGUUCAAUGGAAGUUGUUUGUUGUCCAUUACAACAUAUAGACGGAAAAGUGGGCCUUCGAUCUGCUGACGUAGCUUGUCAUCAGUUCGAGAAUGAAAUACCAAUAUCUGAAGGAUUAGUUUUCCACAUACUUGGUGGUGAUGAAACAGUCGAAGGUGAAUUUCCUUUCAUGGCUGCUUUAGGAUAUCACGACAAAGAUCGUAAAGCUGUUAUCAAUUAUAAUUGCGGUGGGUCCUUGAUCUCUACCCAAUAUAUAUUAACUGCCGCACACUGUAUAAUAAAUGUAAAUGGUCAAGUUCCAGUAGAGGCACGUAUGGGUUCAGUCAAUCUUGAAAUCAGUAACGAGGCCGUACAACGUAUUCUUAUUGCUGAAAAAUACCCUCAUCCAAAGUAUAAGAUGAAUGCACACUAUUAUGACAUUGCUCUUAUUAAACUGCGAUUUCCUGUUAAAUUAACUGCUACUGUUAAGCCUGUGUGUCUUCUGACAAAAUCCGUUGAGAUAGCGGAUACAAGAAAUGCUUCCCUAAUAUCAGCAGGAUUUGGUGCUACAAGCUUUGACACCGAACGUUCUUUAAAAUUAAUGAAAACUCCCAGUUUGAGUCUUGUGAGCAGAUUUGCAUGUGAUAACAUGUACACUAAUGUUAGAAAACUUCCUCAUGGAAUAGAUGACACUAUGCUUUGUGGCAGGGAUGCCAACGUGACGAGGCGAUCAGACGCCUGCCAAGGUGACAGCGGAGGUCCACUAUUAUUGAGAAAGGAAAAUACUCAAUCUCUUGUCGGUGUAACUUCAUUCGGAUCAAGUUGUGGCAGCAGUGUGCCAGGUGUAUAUAUGUCCGUGUAUCCUUUCCUAGAUUGGAUAGAAGCUCAAGUCUGGGGCGAUGAACAGGUGUUCGUCUAUCCCGGUCAACUCACUUCCUAAUAGACUGAUUAUUAAAUUAAUAAUUGUAUGCAAAACCUUGAAAUCGUAAGAAAUAUGUAACUUUCUCGUGCAUCGCACCUCGAUUUGAGAAAUGAGGAACCUUAGAGUCGUUAUGAAAAUAUAUAUCGACAAUUGCCUGACAUACUAAGAAAAAA